AUGGACGAGUACGCUGAGAGGAGCUCCAAGAGGCCAUGUCGCUCGUCUCCUUCUGCCUCUUCUACUCCUCCUUCCCCUUCUCCGUCCUCCAGGCCUCCCUCUUCCCCCUGUUCCCUCCCUCUGGGUUCUCUCCUCUCCCCUGGGUGGAGGUGGUGGUGGGUGGAGGUGGUGGUGGAGGUGGUGGUGGUGGAGGUGGUGGUGGUGGGGGCCAUGGACAUCGAGGGCAGAGCUGUUCUGAAGGCGACACAAGGAGAGGAGAAAGUCCUGGAUCGUGAACAGAGAGAGGUACAACAGGAUCUGUAA